AUCCAUGCUCAACUUCUCAACCUGUUUCUCCUUUUGCCUUCUCUUCGAUCUGAUCCUCGAGAAAACCCUCCUUUUAAAUCCUGGACCUUUGCCCCCUGCUCGUCUCUCCAUACCAAACAGUUCCUUUCCUUUUGCGUCUCUCUAGUAUCAGCUGCGCGCUAAAGAUUUUCUACUUUCAUGGCGACCACUGAAGUUUCCACUAACAUGCAACUUCCUCCAGUUCCAGCUCUUCACGAACAACCACAAAGUCAGCAGCAGCCACAACAACAGUCCUCCACUCUUCCUCAGUACCCUGAGAUGAUUAUGGCGGCGAUCGAGGCUUUGAACGACCAGAACGGCUCCAACAAGUCAGCAAUUUCGAAACAAAUUGAGUCUACUUACCCUGGUUUGCCGGCGGCUCACGUAUCACUGCUCUCGCACCACCUCAACAAGAUGAAGCAAAGUGGUCAGCUCGUCUUGGUCAAGAACAACUACAUGAAGCCAGAUCCCAACGCGCCACCCAAAAGAGGUCGCGGGCGGCCGCCCAAACCCAAAGAAAUGGUUUCACCUGGAACAGUGAUUUCACCCCCUAGGCCUCGUGGUCGUCCACCCAAGCCAAAAGAUCCAUUUUCCCCCUUAGCUUCACCCAAAAAGAAAAGCACAAGUGGGAGCGGAAGGCCACGCGGACGCCCACCUAAGGCUAAGACGGCAGCUGGUCCACCUUCGUCUUCGGCAACUCAGGUGACGGGCGUGAAAAGAGGGAGAGGCAGACCGCCUAAGGUGAAGCCGGCUGUAGCCCCAGUCGCCGGUUGAGGACUUCAGAAUGAAGUGAGAAGGGGAAAGAAAAAUUUUUCUUUUUCUUUUUUUUAAUUAUUCUUUUAUAAUUUUUAGGUGCAUUAGUUCUCUCUGCUAAUUGAUGUUUUAGCUUAUUUUCGCUUUUUUAGAAAAAAUUGAUAAUUUAUGUUGUUAGUUUAAGCUGUGGUGGGAAGAGUGUUGUAACGUUGGGUUGGGGAAGGUUAGUGUAACUGUAAUUUGCAUGUAAAUUUGAUCAACGGCUGUGGGCUUUAGUCCCUCCUUUUCGAAUCUGUAUUGAUAAUACAAGAAGGGCAAAAGCAACAAAAAAAAAUGGGACUGAUUCUGAUCACUUUUUCA